AUGCUGAUGACUGUGGAGAGAACUUCUGUGUUCCAGCAGACUUCACUUCUCAAUCCUCACUCAUCGAGAGAGGAAAUCCCUCCUCCCCCACCUCCAUCCCUUCCUUCCUCCUUUCCCUCCUUCGUUCCUACCUCCCUCCAUGUGUGCACAAACCCGCCUUCAAUACAGAGCUACAACUCACCUGGUGUCUCCCUUCUCCUCCCACCCAACUGCUCUCACUGCUUCCACUGCUGA